AUUAUAAAUAAUUGGUUCGUACCUCCCACCCCAACUCCAUUAAAGUUCUCAUUUCAAAAGUCGUACGCGUCUCUUCCCUGACAAACAUUUCAGUUAUUAAGAAGGAUUAGCGAAGAAAAGGAAAAAAAGGUGAAAACUAGAGCUGAAAAAGAGAUAAUGGGACGAAGAGUGGUAAAGCAUGCCACAGGAAUCCCAAAAUAUGCAGUACAGCAAAAUUUUAUCAACGUGUAUUUAUAAAAGGUUUUUUGGAUGAUAGAACUGUCUCWUAAAGUUAAAGGAAUGAGGGUUCAAUAAGAAUUGAUUUAGUUACCUUUUUAUUUGAAAUUGUCCUAAAAUGUCCAAAACUUUGAAUUCAAAAUAAGAGAAACCAACAUUGCGCUGCAUCAUGGGAAAACAACCAGGUUACGUGUGUUGUGAGCAAAAUCCUACGUCCAAAUAACUGCUUAAAAUUAAUUGAGAACAAUCAAAAGACUUGUAGAAAGACUCAUUGGAGAUAAGAUAGUCUUCAGCUAUUAUUAAAGAACCCAAACUCGACAUGGGGCAGUAGUUUGGGAAGUUACAAGGGCUUGAAAGUCACCGGCGUUGGUUUUGUUCUGUGUUGUCAUGGUGGACUCCAUGUCCGUCGCCGCAUGGACAUCAUCGCUAGCAUUGGUUUGGCAUGUCAAAUAGAGCGCUACCUCUAGAAAUCCGAGGCUUUUCUUCUCGGGGUGGAUUUGAGUCRUUAUACCCUUUACCAGAGAAGCCAGAGGAAUCUAUCCCAUUGUCAUAUCUKGAAACAGUACGAGAAGCUAUCAACAGCUACCGGACAUCAGAUGGAAGUGGACGCUCAUCACCAACUACAGAGAAUACUUAUAGUUUAAAUAACAGCCUUUGGGCUUCGAAUACCUGGUCAACAAAUACUGGUAACYUGACUGGCCGCAGUAGUGUCUACUCGUGGGGAAAUGACGAUGAGUUUGACAGACAGGCCUCAGCGACCGUGCAACGUAUGUUUGAUGAAAUCAAUCAAAUGUUGUUUGAAGGAAAACCUUUCGAUGGAAGCCCACAGCUGCUGUCUGAAUGUCAAGAAUGGUGUACGAAGUUUCCACAUUUAAGAAUUUGUGGCGAACAAAAUGUUGUCCCUCAAGAUCAAGGCACAAAGUACAUUCCCCUGYCAUCUGAUGAUCCAAGGGUAUAUAAUUAUAGACCACAAACCUCUGUUCUGGAGGAUAUGGAAGAAGUCAAUACUUUGGAUUCYCAGGGGUUAAUGAUUCAAGGGACACACCUUAAUCCGUCAAUAAUAGAUUACAGUUCUAGAAAAUUAUCUGGUUCUGAUGAAGAGGAUUCUAUAGCAGAUCUUGAGGAAGAAAUACUAGAACAAGAUGGAGAAUAUGAAGAAUAUCUUGCAUUUGAUUUCCCAGUCAUAGAUGAAGAAAUAACUUUGCUUCGAAGUAGACUUAACAGAUGUAAAAGGAAUUAUAGAUUAGGAUUUCCUCCUGUUACACCCAAUGCUUGUGCUAAAGAUACCUUGUAUAGUCAAAUGUUUGACAUGCUUUGGGCAGAGGUUGUUUUAUGGAUAAGAACACUAUUGGUACAUCAAUCACAAAAGCUACUUAGAGAUAAAUCACUAUAUUUGCCUGAUGCAGUCAGACAACCUGGUCGUGCAGUAGAUAGUCCUUUACGACCAAUAUCUAGAGAUGUUAGUUCAAGAAUUAGUCAUUUUCCCUCUCAGUUUCGUUUACGAACUGCAUCAACGUUAAACCCRCCGCUGGACGUCAAGGGUCUCAAAGACGUUAUGAUGAUCAAAUCAUUAGCAUUACAACACAGAGCACCAUCAGCUGCAGCAAUACACCCUGCAGAGAGCCGUGAAGGAACUCCUUAUAUACAGGGUCGYCCUGGCUCCAGUAGUACCGUUGCUUCUCGAAUAUCCCGAUUUGGACGAGCAUCAGAUCACYUGAUGCAUCGUUUGGCAUCUGCAAAAACAAGAAGAAAUCCUGCAAGUCAAAGGCUGGCACCUUUGGAACGAGAAAGACCUAAGACACCCAGUAAUCAGGAGGACGUAAAAUGCGAAAUCGUACGUGGAACUAAAUUAUUAACAGGUGGAGAAAGACUAACUUCACCACCUCAUCCUUUAACCACGUCCUCGCCCCAGCCAUGGGGAGCAAGAAAUGGCACCUUACCUCCCUUAGAGCGUGCAGCCACGUAUGCAGAGACAACGGCUGCUGCUUCUACUAAUUUAUCUUCGAAUACUGGUAGUAUGCARCCAAUGCAUCAGGCCAGAAGUAGUGCUAAAGUCAAAGUCUCCUUUAAUGUCCGAGCAUCAAGUGCAGCUACAGAUGAUUCAAGGCGCAGCAUGAGAGAAAGGGCACCAGUAUUUGCAGAAUCUCGACCAAACACUACGCAUUCUUUUAGGACUGACACUCCAAAUGCCAAUACUAACAAUCGACGAUUAUCAACACCUCUAAAUAAUGUMAAUCACAGUCGAGGUGUCUUGGGUACAAAUCGACAACCAUUAGACCUUGGUGGUAUAACUGGUGUUAGUAUGUCGAUAUCAGCUGGUCCGCCAGGUAGUGACCUACCAGCUUCACAUAGUGGUCACCAUGGUGAUACACGGGGAAUUUCGCCAAACAGUGAUGAUGCUGAUGAAGUUGAUAGCUAUUUUGGUCAUGGACAACCAGCACAUUCUCAAAGACGAGGAAGACUGGCGACAAUUAGAUAGCAAAAACCCACUAAUUUAAUAUUUAUAUUAGAUUCUAACAAAUUUUACUUUCUAUUUGCACAAAAAGUCUUGUGAUCAAAGUUGAAAUAGUGCAAGGUGGUUAUAUAACCAGCUCUUUGUUCUACUUGAGCUUUGUAGAAUUAUCCUUUUUUAUUAAUAUUCAUAAUUAUUCUCCAUUGCAGUAGUUGUCAGUCUUACACUAGUGUUGGGUGACACUGAUAACAGCUGCAAGGGAGACUACUCGGAAAUCCAGGAAUUUUUAAGUGACGGCUUUGGAUGCUUGGGAAAACGGAAGUGGUGUUAGUCACCAAUUUCCAGCUACACCAGCAUUCCUCUGUCCUUACACAAUAUCCACUGGGAUUCAAGUAUUCUUUAAUGUUAGAAUCCAUCAAAUUCAAUUUUUCCCCAGAAAUUGUAACACAAGAUGAAAUAGCAUCAGCUAAAGAGAAGGAUAAUGAACACUGUUCCCGUACAGUAGUUGUAAAUAGAGGCUAUUUUGAGCCAAGACUGAAUAUACAUAUUUCAAUGACAUUCAUUGUCAAAAAUUGUUGAACUGAGCGCAUAAGGAAUGAUAAUUGCAGGUUCAAAAUUUGUAUUGCUUAAAAUGACUAUCAAUGCAAAUCGAAAUCAGUAUAGACAGUAUAUAUUGCCAUAUUAUGGCAAUCUCAAAUCAGUGAGUAACUAACUCUUAAUAACCAAACCCAAGACUCGUUGAAUGUCAUUUCUCUUCUUUUCAUAGCUUCUGUUGCAGAUGACCUGCAAAAAUGACCUGCGAUAUUCAGGGCAGGGUCACUGGAAGCUAAUAUUUUUCACCCUUUUGACAUCAAACCACAAAGACUCAGGGGGGGGUUCACCAAUUGGUCCUAUGGAACCAGCCUAUCUGUUUACCCAGAGAAAUAAACCUUGAGGAUCCUUGACCAUCAAACCAGCCUUGCGCUUGCACUGAAUGUACCUGGUUUGUUAAUAGGGACCUCCUAGAUUGGUUUAAACAGAUAUUCAUUUGGUAGUUUUCAUAAUCCGUGGCAGUGAUCAUAUUAUAUAUCAAAAUCAAGAACUGAGAGAGUUAUGGGAGAAGGUAUAUGUGAUGUUUAUUAGGUCGCAUUAUACCCUUCAAAAACUUUAACUACCCUCCAAAAUUAAGUGAACAAUUAUUAAUUUCAUUCUAUUAUUUUCUAUAUACUGUCUUUGUAUCGUAUAUAUUAUUAAUGUAUUAUUUAUUAUUGUCAAAUUAAUACACAUUGUUCACGGGUUUAUGGAGACUACUAUAUGAAUAUAAGUUUGAUGUAAUCUUGGGUAUAUUUCUAGUUAAAUAACUGAUAUGUUAUUGUAAUAUAUAGGUUCGAUAUUAAAGGGAUUUACACAAAUAAAUACUUUAGGCUA